CCAAAGCUCUCACACUGCGUUCUGUGGACCUGAAACACACACUCUGUGAGAGAGGCUGAAUAACAUUAAUCACCAAGGGGCCAAAGAGUUUCAACAGGACUGAAGGAGAAAGGAUUUUGUGCUGUGCUGACAUGGGAUCUCUGAGAGCUUUCAUUUAUCUGGGAGUCUGUGUGUGUGCUGGGAUCCUCACUGCUGCAGACGAGAACACCAAAGCAGGAAACGUACACUGGACCUCUCUGGACUUUAAAACCAUGCUCAUCUGGACCACCAAGUCACCUCAGCAAACAUACAGUGUCAAGUUCAGACAGGGAGAGAAUGGUAACUCGGAGCCUCACAAUGAGUGCUUUAAGGUGCCAGGAACAGAGUGUGAUAUGACCCACGAGCUGGCUGCCUCUGACAGAUCCUACAUUGCAGACGUCGAAACAGACCACGACGAAGAGGGAGACUACGACUACAGCCACGAGGAGUUUGAGCACACUGAAUCCAAACCAUUCAACCCCUACAAAGAAAGUAACAUCAGUGCGGUGGAGUUCACUGUGGAGGCUUUGAAUGCCAGCACCAUAAUUGUCAACGUCACAGACACCCUGACCAGCGUGCACAGAGGCACGAAGCAGCUCAACAUCAGAGACGUCUUCAGAAAGGACCUCCAGUACAAGAUCAGCUACCACAAAUCCGGAAAUUCAAGAAAGAGAGACCACAUAUCAGACGGCAGUGUGGCGCUCGUGCCCCAGCUGGAUGCAGGUCAGAGUUACUGCUUCAUGGUCGCAGCGUUCAUCCCGUCCAGACCCCAGAGCAGCCAGCUGGGGGCCUGGAGCCAGCAGCUGUGUGAACAAACACACCCAGAAGGAACCAACGAGAUGAGCGUCGGACACUUGGUUGGCAUCAUCUUCAUCGUGCUCCUAGCCAUCAUCAUCAUCAUCACGGUGACGUGCGUCUGCUGCAAAAAGAACCAACAGAGAAACAAACCUCUCCAAACGGCUCAGUCCUCAGCUCUUGUUUAGUGUGUGUGUUUGUGUGUGUGUGUCUGUGUGUGUGUGUGUGUGUGUGUAAGCACAGGGAGCUGGCCUCCCUUUAGUUUUGUUUAUCUUCUCCAACUUUCUUGGAAACCUUUUUCCAUUUUCCUCUCCACACGUUUUGUUUACAGUUCACCGAGGUCGUCUUCUUUGUUUACCUCUGAUGUUUUGUUGACAGGUACAGGAAGUAGCUUGAUAGAAAUAAUCAUGGUCGCUUUGCUCCACACUGACGGCCAAAUUCCACCAGAUCCAUAACCAGUCCGUCUCUGAUCCGUCACAGCACCGGAUCUGAUAGGUUUCUAGUCUAGUCAAUGUGUUAACUUCCACUGGACCUGGCAGGUCUGAGCCCUCCGGAUCAGAGACGCAAGACUUCUAUCUUUGCCGGAUGCCGGAGCACGACGCAUCAAUCUCAACAGAGCAGAUGGAGCGGGACAGGAAGUCAGGUUUCACCAAAACAAAAUGAAAACAUCCGGUUAAUUUUCAGAAUAAAACACUCUGUGUUAUCACCAGAUCGUAUUUCACUUAACUACAACAACAAACCAAAGUCAUGAUGAGCGGAGCCAGGCCUGGAGUCAACAGGUCAGAGGUUUUCAGAGGACCAGAAAGACAACAUGGAUGAGGAGAGGAGGAGGAGGAGAACCACAGGUAACAUGAUUCCAGCUGUCCGGCGGUCCUGCUCUGUGCUGCGUUCUGAAAACGCAACCGGUGGGUGUUGAGGGAUGAGAGAGCACGGAGCCGGACAGCAGCGGAUCAGAGACGGACCGGACAUGGAUCUGGUGGAAGUCCCAUGUGAUAGAAUUAAUCAUGGUCGCUUUGCCAAGGAAUCGGUAUCAAGUCUGAGUUUGAGUCUGCUCCACAACCAGCUAUACAAACUCCUCACAGGAGCUUUAAACCACACGUCAAUCUAAAGUAUUCUCACAGUUUCUACCAGGUUAGACAUUUUGGAGUGAAGUCAACAGGACUGCUGGGUUUGAUUAAUGUGAGUUGAUAAUGAGUCAGCUGGACUGACCGCUGUGAACACAGGUUUUAAAGAUGGCUGCUGUUUUGAGUUGGACCCAAUCUCAAGCUUCGGCUGUGCACUGUUAAAGUUAAAAAUGAGGAACCACAUUAUUGAUGUACAGCUUUUUUUUUAAUAGUUUAUGAAAUAUAUUUCAGAGCCAGGGUUCCACAUCACAACUUAUUCAGAACAUUCAUAAUGAGAUCUUUUCACCCGGUUCAUUUCACCGGCGUAUUCCCAUCUCACCUAAUCGUCAUCUCUAGGCGUUUUUCGACCGGCGGUACUUCACCCCGGCAACGUGUGUUUCAACACUUGAUUUCUCUUUCUUUCAUUAGUUUUUAUUUGUUCUAUCUUUUUUGUAUGUGUGUGUACUUUUCAAAAGAAGAAGCUGUGAUUAUCUUGAUUUAGCAGCUUGUAACAGUAGUCUUCUCUCAGCCCACCGUGAAUGCGUCUCUCCUCCCGGUGUUCCGGUUUUAAAAGUGACCCUGUAAACUGGAGACCUUCAGCUGAACGUGUCAGUGUUUGUGGAGUUUACACAGCUGUUGAAACACAGAGGGAGUUCCUGGGAAUGCAAACUAGUUUAGUUUUUAUUAAGAUUUCAAAAUAUCCUCAUCAGAUAUUUAAUGAUGGUUUAAAGAUGUUUAUGAGGGAUGCAUCCGGCUGAGAGUCUCCAGUUAACAGGGUCGCUGUUUAAACCAAAACACCGGCCGAUCUCUGCCACGGCUUUUUGAGUUCAAAAGGAUUUUAAAGCCGUGUUGAAACGUCUUUGCUACUCGUGCUUAUCUCCGCUCACGUGUUGAUUCAGUGAAUCCAUCUGUGAUGAAAUAUAGCACCAUCUAAAACAGCGCCAGCUGAGUCUCUUCAUGCUAACAGGCUAACUGUUGUGUUGCUCAUAAUGAUACCUGCUUGUCCUUCCUCUUCUAUGGUGUCAUCUGUGGUGUAUGGCAUUCCUCUUUGUGUUACUGCCCUCUACUGGUCUGGUGGUGUAGUGCAUUUACUUUGGCCUGAUUUUCACAAUCUACCUGGGACUUCAGCCCGACAGCAAUAGGGGCAAAGGAACCUUUUAGUUCAGGGUAAAGUAGUUCUGGGGGCUAAAAGACCCCAGAACUCUUGGUCGAAAUGCACCUUCUCACAACUCUGUCAAUGUCCAUCUGGAUUCAACCUGCGUUCACUUUACAUUUUCUUUUUCCACUUAUUUUUUUCAUAUUUCUUUCUUUCUUUCUUGACCUACACCUUUUAAAACCACUACAGCCACAGUCAUAAUGAAGCUUCUUGGUGACAUCUAGUGGCCGCCUGUUGAAACUACAACUACACCAGCAAACUCAUCUUUUAAAAACAUUUUCAACUUUGAUAAGAAUGUAUAAAAAAAAGAUGUAAUCAAACUGUAUUUAUGAAGCUUUCUAAUGUAAGGGGGUAAGCUCUGAGUGUUUUACACUGAAGCAAGGAAACAGGAGGAAUAAAUGAUGCAAAUAAAAACAAA